AUGGGUACACGUGUACCUCCACCACCAACACCAAUGUGUGAUAAAGCAAUGGCUGGAAUUCCACAAUUAAUUGAUGAUUUACAAAGAUUAUCAGAAGAUCAGGAUAGUUCUGAUGUUGUUUUUAUACUUGGACGUGAAGAAGAACGUAUUUAUGCUCAUCGUAUAAUGUUAAUGGCAAGAUGUAAAAGUUUUCAAACAGCAAAACGUGGAGAGCUGUGUCGAAUACCGGGUAGCACUGUAUCACCUGCAGCACCAGGAAGUCCGACUCCUGUAAGAUUGUCAAAUGUAAAUCCAGAUGUUUUUCGUCAAUUCAUUUUAUAUAUCUACACUGGAAAAAUCAUUAUGCAAGAUUCAAGAGUUUUCGAAAUGAUGACAUUAGCCCAAGAUAUGGGAGUCGAAGAACUAAGAGGAGCUUGUGAAGAUCACGUAAUUUCAACUCUUUCGGUAGAUAAUGCAUGUACGUUUCUAAUAGCUGUAAUGCAGAUUCAUGAAAAGGCGUCUGCCAAAUGUGCAGCAUCAUUUAUGGAAAGGUGUAUUAUAUACAUUGGUGAAAAUGCUUCCGAAGUUGUGAAAACUAACUCAUUUUUAAAUUUAACCAAGGACGGUUUGAUAAAAUUGAUUUCAUCAGAUUAUUUUUGUUUAGAAGAAGAAAACGUUUGGCGUUGCGUUUUAGCGUGGGCAAAAAAUCAAGCUGGAGUAACACAACCAACAGCCCAUUGGACUGAAGAGGAAAGAGUUCGCGUUUGUCAACAUCUCUCCGGCGUAAUGGGAUAUGUAAGGCUACUACUUAUUGACAGUCAAGUAUUUGCUGAAGAAGUAGAACCCACUGGUGCAGUUCCAAUGGAACUAUCAUUAGAAAGGUAUCGAUAUGCUGCAUUGAAUUCAAAUAAAAUGGGUGGUGGUACACCGAUUCCACCUCCAACAGUCCCCUUACCUGGGGGUCCACUGCAGGAAAAUGAUAAACGUCUACAGCCUCGUCUCAUGAUGAAUAUGUUUCCUGGAUCUGUAAUAUUAAAAAAAGAUAAAUUGCAUCUGCAAGGAGUUUUAAAUGGUUGGUAUGGUGUACCAAAACAAAGUUGGAGAUUGAUAUUUCGUGCGUCAACCCAUGGAUUCAAUGCAACAUCAUUUCAUAGACAUUGUGAUGGAAUAUUUCCAUGUUUUGUUAUAGCAAUUGGUACCCGCGGUGAAAUUAGUGGUGGUUUUACGGAUGUUCCAUGGGGCAAAACUAAUCGAAAAGGUGGUUACAUUCAUUCAGAUCGUGCAUUUUUAUUUACGUUAAACUCUAAUAAUGAAUCUCCAUGCAAAUUUGAUAUUAUUAAGAAGCCAUAUGCUAUUUGUUAUCAUCCUGAUUGUGGUCCAAUAUUCGGAGGUGGCGCUGACUUACUUAUUUCAAGUUGUUGCAACACAAAUUCAGACUCAUAUUCGAAUUUACCACAUUCAUAUGAUGGAAUUAACGCAGAUUUUAGUACGUUAUUCGGAGAUUAUCAUUUUCAAAUAAAUGAUUAUGAAGUAUAUACACUUGCUGCCCCCAUUUCAACCCCAUCAUCGAAUUUAUUGUCAACCCAACCUGGUAUCAAAAUGAAAUAUGAUCGUUAUUAAAAGAUACUAAAAAGACGUAGAUUUUUCUUGAAAAAUCAUUGUAUCAGUAUUCUAUGGUUGUAUUGAUAAGACCUUGUGAAACUUAUCUUGCCU